GCACGCACGUAACACGCCAACUACGUUGAGUUUACGUAUUCACUGCAUGGGACUUGCUUCAUUUACCCUAAAACGCACCAAUUGAGUCAAAGAUGGCCGUCAAAUAUUAAGUUAAGGUUGUAAUUUGGCUCAAAAUAUUGUGAAGAUGAUUCUGGUCAGUUAUGUUUUUGUGAAGGAAACCUAAUAUCAGCGUUCUGCUACCUUCAAUUUCGUGCUGAGUUGUGAUUGUGUGAGAAACAUACGGACAUUCACAAUCACGUUACAUUUACACGCAAGCCGAACUGAGGAGAUCGAGACUGAUGAGUGCAUGCAUGCACUGUUGCAGGUGAUACAGAAAUCGCUUUCGAACAGAGAAAGAAAACAAUGCCUGUUAUUGAUAAUGUGGAAGACUUGAUGGCAUGGCUGGCAAAGAAAUUGGAACCAAUUUGUGAUGCCGACCCUAAUGCCUUGGCCAAGUAUGUGGUGGCCCUAACCAAAAAGGAUAAAACUAACGAGGAGCUCAGGGCUACAUGCAUCGAUCAACUUGGAGUCUUUCUUGUAAAUGAAACGCAGUCCUUUGUCGACAACCUUUUUGUCGCUCUUGCCACAAAGUCUUACAUUCCAGGGGGAAGUGCCAAUAUUACAGCAGUAGAGGGCGGCAAGCAAGAUCCGCCGCCACCACAGCCCGCAGCGUUGGCUCCUGGUGGUGCCGAUUUACCGACCAGUGCUGAAACAUCAACCAAAGAAGAGGUCAGGUCGAGGAGCUCAAAUAGAGAUGUGACUGGAGAGAAUGAUGAGCAGCGGGAUCAUCGGCGGAGCGGCCGGAGACACUCCAGGUCACAUUCCAGGAGCAAGUCAAAGAGCCAUUCACCCAGGAACAGGAGCAGGAGCAGGAGCUUCAGUCCAAGGAGAAGGAGAAGAGAUGAAGACCGGAGGAGGAGAGAUGACCGACCGGAUCGCUUCGGUGGCCCUCGUCGGUACGGAGAUCGAGACAGAGACAGGGACAGGGACAGGGAUCGCAACAGGGAUAAUAGAGACUUCAGAGAUCGGGACAGGGAAAGGGAUCGGAUGAGGGGUCGUGAUGGAAGAGAUCCCGGCAGAUUCGACGAUCGUGGCAGAAUCCGUGACAGAGACCUCGAGCGUGAGCGUGACGAUCGAUUGAAAGAAAAUAACUCUAAGCCAAUGGCAAUCAGCAGUGUGAUCACAGUAGUCUCAAACGAUGGGCCUGAAUCCUCGCAGGGCCCGCCCAAGCAGGGAGAACAACAACAAAAACAACAACAACCUCUGCAGAGGAUACGACAGAGAUGUAGAGAUUACGAUGAAAAGGGAUUUUGCAUGAAAGGAGAAUUUUGUCCAUACGAUCAUGGCAAUGACCCAGUAGUUGUGGAGGAUAUAGACAUGUUCAGACCGCCUCCAAACAUGGAUGCUAGUAGACCACCAGUGCCUUCUCUACCCCCUGCCCCACAGCCUCCUCUACCCCCCUUACCCCCUUCCCAGCCCCCUCCGCCCCUCCUACCACCCUUCGGCAUGCCCCCGCCCGGUUUCGUGCCCACGCCAGGGAUGCCCCUGCCGCCUCCACCACCCAUGCAUCCCCCUCCUGGGAGGAUGCAUGGACCGCCGAGGCACAACGGACCACCCCCUGGUCCCCCUCCAGGCCUACCACCACACAUGAGGCUACCACCACCCCCAACCUCAGGGCCACCGCCGCCCCUUCCACCCAUGCCUCUUCAGAUGAAUAGACCCCCUCCUCCACUACCUCCAGCUCCAGAUGCUAAUAUGCCACCAUCAGUGCCUCAACCUCCGUCUUCACCUCCCAGAGAGUCGAGUCCUCCUCCGCCACCGUCAGAAACAAAACCUUACGGCUCAUCACAAGAUUUCCAAAUGGAAGGCUACAACCCGGAAGAUCCCAGCAUGGAGGCCCAGGGGGGCAGGCAAUAUUUUGGAGGUGGCCGUGCCCCUCGGCAGGCCUCGUCCAACCUCAGGACCCUUGUGGGCAUACAGACGGUCCCUACAACAACCAGAGAAGAAAUGGAAGAAAUAGGUGCCCUGACAAAGGACUCCUCCUCUGAUGACAACCAAAGCGAAAGGAAGGUUGUUGACCUCACCAAGGGCCAAGACGGUCUCGGUCUCGGUGUGCAAGAGGAGCAGAGACGUGCAGUCAUCAAGAGCAACGACAGGCCCUUGGGCUUAGGGUACCCCCCUCAAAAGCGGCCCUACAACCACGGUGGGGGCGGCGGCGGUGCGGUGGAUCUCAGGGCCAGGAUAGGCGGGAAGGGGAAAGGAAGAUUUGUGCCAAACAACAGGAUCCUGGAGGUGCGCAAGAUACCCAGGGAGUUCAACAACAUCACCAAGCUCAACGAGCACUUCAGCAAGUUUGGCAAUAUCGUCAAUCUUCAGGUUGCCUAUGCCCAGGACCUGGAGGCAGCGUUGGUCACCUUCACAACUCAUCUGGAGGCCAAGAAGGCCUAUCAGUCCACAGAGGCCGUCUUCAACAACCGCUUUGUCAAGGUCUUCUGGCAUGUCCCUCCCGAGAACACAACAGGAGAAGACGAGCCAAACCAUCACACCAGAAAACCUGCAAAGCAAAGAAUACAAUUACCUACCAAAAAGCAGCUGACUGUCGUUAGAAAUCAUGCAACUCCUUCAGAUAAGGUGGUCAUCCAACCCGGCGGCAACUCCACCUUGACCAAGACCAUCAUGAAUCCUAAGGCCGUGGCCAUCAACCAGCGACUGGUCACCGUCCAGAACAACCUGGCCAAUGCCAAGAAGGCGGCCGCGGCCCACACCUCGGCCACCGUGGCCAAGAAGCUGGCCGCCGCCCAGGAGGCGGUGAGGAAGAAGCAGGAGGAGGCCAAGAAACUGGUCGCCAAGAAGCAGACGGAGAUCUUCAAGCAGAAGCAGGAGCUGAUGAAUGGAUUCAUCCAGCAACAGAAGAUGCUCAUAACCAAGUUAGAGCAAGGCAAGUCCACCAUGACGACCUUGAAGAGAGCCGAAAUCAUGAAAUCCAUCAAGAUGCUGUCUGAGAACAUUGAGAAGACCAAGAAGGAACUCACGGAUGCCAAGCCAAAGACUAAAGAUAAGAAACAGGCUGAGAGGGAGCUAUUAGACACCGAAUUGGACCUGUAUAAUCAGCAGUCUGAGGGAGGGGACACCUCUGACCUAAGGAAGAGAGUGGAUGAGCUGAGGAGAGAGGCCCAAGCUCUAGGCCUGUUGGACAACACUGUAGGCAGCAGCAGGGGGCGUGGCCACCCAAGGUCGAUCCGAGGUCGUGGACGGGGUCGUGGGCGGGGCUUCAUGGCAGCCAGGAGGCGGAGCUCCAACACAAACCUGGUGGUGGACAAGCGACCGAGAGGCCUGGUGGUAGGAGGCUUUGCACCUGGGGAUAAGGAUGAAGUACUGGUCCAUUUUACUAAUUUUGGUGAAAUUGACAGUGUUGAAUACAACGAAGAUUCUGCAACCUAUGUCCUGGAAUUCAAGACGCGACAAGAAGCAGAGAUGGCUGUAGCUAAAGGUAACCAGUUCAAGGGUGAUUCUCUGAGUCUAGCCUGGCACAAGCAGCAAGACCCUGUAGCUGAGAUGGUGGAAGACACCAUGGAUGUAGGAGAAGAACUGGCAGAUGAAGAGGAGGAGGAGAUGGAAGAGGAGCUGGAGGAUGAUCUGCUCCUGGUCGAUGACGAGGAGGAAGAGGACGACGAGGAAGGACGAUCAUGGAAGCGAUGACGAAGCGAAAGACGCUACAAAAAAUUUCAAUACAAAUUCAGAGUGCAAAUAUUGAACAUUGUACAUUAUGAAGCCAAUGCCUUGCUUGAAAAAGGCACAUAGACGCUGUUGAAUUUCUUGGAUCUAAUUUGGUCUAGAUACCUUGCUCCACUUUUUGUCAUCUGUUCGAAAGAAGACCCUGGAGGUAUUUCCUAAUCUUUCCCCAAAAAAUAAUCAAGAUAUUUGAACAUAGACAGCUCUGAAAUGUUAAUCAUGCCAAAAUACGGCUCCUAUUUUUAGAAGUAGGUUGACUGCUCUAGUCUAUGAGCUUUAUCUGGAUCGAUGGGAAAACAGAAGAUGAAUUAUAUGCAAAUUUGUCUCAGAGAGUCUUCUUCCUUGUUAUUAGAUGAACUGUUCAAAGGCACCAUAGGUUAUAUAUUCUGUAAUGAUGCUGCAAUAACAAAUGAAAUAUAGACAAGUAUACUUCAUAGCUGACAAGAAAAGGGUACAUUCAUACAAAGUUUAUAAGACUCUUUGAUACUUCUUCAGUGGAGAGCCAGAAAGGCAUUCAGUCUGUGUUAAAGAAAUGAGUUAACAUCCAUCUGGCUCUAGGCAGGUGAUAUUUUCUAUUGAGCCUUGUGUUUCAUUGAGGUUCAGUUUGUCCAUAUUCGAUCCAGUGAAAUCUAUAGUCUUACUAUUUUUUCUCACAUAUUGAUGUCAACAUUUUACUUUAAAAGUUUUUAUCUCACUUUCACUUCCGUCAUACACGCAUUGAUACUGAUAGCAGAAACAUAACAUGAGUUUCUUAAUGUCUUCAUGUUUAAGAAAUCAAUAUCGGUAACUAACUUAAAUUGUAGUCAAAGUGUUUGAUUUUCUUAUUCCAAUAUCCAUUGCGUUUACUGAUGUCUUGGAAAACUUUUCAAUGCCUCAGAAAUUUCAAACAGUGAUUACACCUUUCUGAAAUAACAAGCAGUGUAUAUUGUCAAUUUUAUAAAGUGUAAAAGCAUAACUCAUUUAAAGGCAAUAAUUUGUUACAUUCAGCCUUUUCUAAGACGUGAGGGAAAUAUUGAAUUAUAUGGUGUCCCAAUGAACACAGCAUUGGGGUCAGAUCCUCAAGAUGUCACAUCCUCAAAAUUGUGUGGCUUUCAAUGCCUCGUGCAAUACACAUUCAAACCUAUGACAAUGAAUUUUCCUCCUAUACCUCCCCAUCAAGAAUCAAGACUGUAGACAUGUUUUUGUAAUAUUUCUCAUCAGUCGCUGAAGCUAUAGAGAACCGAUUCAAGAUUGAUACUUUCUGUGAGUUAUGCUGUAUUUUUCUUACCACUUUGAUGAAUUUUUACACACAUCACUUUCUUAUGUGGCUGAUUUUGUCUGUCAUGACAAUAUACAAUCUUGCAAUUUUGUAUAAGGAAAGGAUACAGAUUAUGAGCAGAUAACCUUGAAGACAUUCUACAUAUAACAUUUUUGUCUGUGAGACUAAAGGCUCGUUCAGAUAUGGCUUGUUAAACCGCCGCAAAAAAAGCUGCUACGUUUUUUAAAGCGUAAAUUAAUGGCAACUGCGAGCAGCAAAGGUCCUGCUUGUAUUUAAUGAUCUCUGUGUUAUAAGAUACAGAGAUGUGAAACGUAUCACACUUUACAUCACCAACAAAAAAAAUAUAGUGGUUUUGCCACAUCGUACCUGAACAAGCCUUUAGUGAUCACUUUCUACACAUCUGGAAUAACGCAUAGCAGUUUGAUGUCAUUUUAGCUGUUAUAUGUUAAAAGCAGUGUUUCACACCUAUCCAUAAGCUACAGUGAGAUAAUGAGGAUAUUAAUGUCAUGUUGCGGUGCACUCUCUCCUAUUUUAAAAACUUAAUUUUGUGUAAAAAAUUUAAGAAAUGUUAUUUUUGAAAAGCUUAAGAAACAGUUUGUUUUCUCUGUUAUUUCUGUUUGCUCCAUAUGAUGGAGGAUAUUAUAGUUUUUUGUAUAUUACUUUUGAGCAUUGUAGAUUAUUGUUUUAAGGCACUUCAAGAUGGAUUUUUGAUGGGAAGUCUUUUUGACAACUCUGUAUGGAGUAAAAAUAUUGGACAACAAAAAAAAGUAUUUGUUUCCCAAGGCUAUUUUGGCUUAUGGUAUAAUUCACACGAAAGGUAACAUUGAGACACUAUCACAAUCCCUGAAUCCACUUGUAAUGCUUGUCUUAUGAAUUUAUCAUUUUCUCAUAAUUGAUUAUGAAUUUGAUAAUGGACGCUUUAUAGGGAAAUGGCUUGAGAUUGGAUGAUUCUGCCACUUUUUUAUGGAUGCGCUUUUUAUGAUACUGCUUUUGAUUGGUUCUAUAAAAAAAAUGAAUGGAAAUGUUAUAUGCAAAAUUAUUAAGGCACAUGGAUCUAGGCUCAAGUCAUUUCUCAUGCACUUUUAUGGACUAUUGCAUGUUAUUAUUAUUAUGUACAUGUACUACUUUUGUAAGAUCUAUUGAAAUGUAUGACAUUAGUUUGUUUGAAAAGAAUAUGAUUGAGAGAACUCUAGCAUAAAAGAAAAUAUACGAUUAUGUUUUCAAUUGAAGAAGCUAAAAAAAGAUGGAACGUUUGAUUGUGAACGUCUAUGAAAACCUUUAAAAUCUGAAAAGAAUACUCUCUGAAAUUAAAAGAAAAAAUAUGAAAAUAUA